CCAUCAGCUACAGUCAGUCUCAGUCGUUUCCCUCAUUUCACAAUGUCACAUCGUGUUUGGUGCUGCCUGUCUCUGUGGCUGGUCCUCGCGCUCCUGCUCAUUAUUCGUGGCGGCGGUGUCCGGGCAGAGUUCUACUCGUCUGUGGAUAGUAUGCAGGACCUGGGGCAACUGGAGUUGGAGCUGCUGAAUGCCACGCGUUCCUAUCUGAAGGCCCAGCAGCAGCAGAUUAACUUAUACCGCAAAUUUGUAGAGCAGCUGAAGCGGGAACAUGUCAUGGCCAUGGAUCUGAUAGAUCUCGAUGAGUACCUGGGGCAUCCGCUGCAUGCGUUCAGGCUGAUCAAGCGACUGGUCUACGAUUGGGAUGCUCUGCACGCUCCUGUGGUGGAGAACAAGCCCAGAGAAGACUACCGGCAGGUGGUGGAUAGCCUGUCCAAAGAAGUGGGCUUCCCAGAUCUGUCGGAACUUCAGGGCGCCGUCAAAGGUUUGGCUCGACUGCAGAGAGUCUACAAUUUCACCGCACCGGACCUGGCCGAUGGAAUCAUCAACGGUUUCUUCUACGACUCGGAAAUGGACUGGCGAGAUUGCUACGAGAUCGGGGUGCAGCUCUUCGAUUUGGGAGAGCACCACCGCUCUUUGGAGUGGCUCCAAGAGGCGUUCCGCCUUCUCCGGGCCAAUCCCGAGAUGAAGGAAGCAGAGAAGCCCCAGUUCAUAGCUGACAUCAGGGAAUACGCGGCCUUGGCCAACUUUGAGCUGGGAAAGCCCACGCGAGCCGGCACACUCUUGGAGAAGGUGCUGCAGACCGAACCCACGCAUCCCGCACGGCACAUACAGAAAUAUGUGGACUACAGGGAUCUGGCGGGCUCCAAUAAACAUGAAAAAGAGCCCUCAUGGUUCGGCAACUACUCAAGGCUUUGUCAGGGCAGAAGAUUGCCCGAGAAGGGCAGUGGAACUUCACUCCGCUGCUUCCUCGAUGGCAAGAGACACGCUUACUUCACUCUCGCUCCCCUACAGGUGGAGCAGGUGCAUCUGGAUCCCGACAUCGACGUGUAUCAUGGGAUUCUGACCCUCGAUCAAAUCGAUUCCAUCUUCGAGGCGGCGGACAAGCAGGAAAUGACCCGCUCUGGGGUGGCCGGAGACGGUGGCACGCGAACCGUAGUCGAUCUUCGGGUCAGCCAGCAGACGUGGCUUGACUACGAGAGCCCCAUAAUGAAGUCCAUCGCUCGCCUGGUGGUAUUCAUUUCCGGCUUCGACAUAGCCGGGGCCGAGGCCAUGCAGGUGGCCAACUACGGCGUGGGCGGACAGUAUGAGCCCCAUCCGGACUACUUUGAGGUCAACCUUCCGUCUGAUUUUAAAGGAGAUCGCAUCUCCACCAGCAUGUUCUAUCUCUCUGAUGUAGAACAGGGCGGCUACACAGUCUUCACCAAGCUGAAUGUCUUCCUGCCUCCCAUCAAGGGUGCGCUGGUCAUGUGGCACAACCUGCAUCGCUCCCUGGACGUGGAUCCGCGCACCCACCAUGCCGGCUGUCCUGUGAUUGUGGGCUCCAAGCGCAUUGGAAACAUUUGGAUACACUCGGGCCACCAGGAGUUCCGCAGGCCGUGCAACCUCACCUCCGAUAGCUUCAAGUCCGUGGCCUAUCGGGAAUGA